GUCACCACGUAUACAUACUCCAUCCACCUCGUUAUUCGCAUUUUACUCUAGUAUCUGCAGCAUUCGAACCUCUGCCUCUAUCUUCCGAAAGGAUUGCACAAAUGAAUACAGCAACACGAGUCCCGCCGCCACAAGGCGCACCUCCCUCGUACGCAUUCGUUACGAGAGUAUAUCGUAGGAGUCUGCGACCGGUCGUAGUAUUCGUCAGUUUCCUCGGCGGUUUAUGGGCAUUAGUCUGGGGUAUUGCGUCUUUCCGCGAUAUAUCUGUCGACAAUGAUCAUGCCGCGAAACUCGAGGUCUUUGAUAUCGUGUUAGGCUCUUUAUACAUGGCAACUUUCGUCAUUGAGCUCUUCGGUCUUGCAGCAGCGUCAAUGCAAAAAUUGCCGAUGAUUCGGGCCUAUGCAUUUUUGUCACUUGGUGCUGCGGUCGUUGUCAUUGCUACGGAACUUAUCCGUGUAAUCAUCCAUUUCGUGUUCAAGAAUACUUUGAUCAGCGAGUGUCAGGCGUUGGUAAACGGAGAGACCAUCACAACACGUUUUGGCAUUUGGGGAACGACCACUGAAACACUUGAUGGGCAAACUGCUGAGGAGUUCUGCAGAGAUGCCUGGUCGCACGAUUCGUUCUCCGAGAUCGCCUGGUUCAUCGUCACGGCAAUCCUAUCGCUUCUAUUUGCUUCAAUAGCGUUCUCGUAUUACCGUCAAAUGCUCGAUCCGUCCUCUAUCGUGAAUGUUUCACGCAAUGCUGCACCGCAGCACUACAAUCCUCCAUAUGCGGCAGGAGCCUAUGGCUAUAACAACGGUCCGUACGGCGGAUUCGGUGCAAGUGGUUAUGGACCGCCGCCAGGCCCGCCACCUGCUCAGAGUCAAGCAUACGUACCUCAGUAUGACCCCGCGAAAUUGCCUGAUUAUGAGCAAGGUGGAUAUACUGGUACUACAGGUGAUAGGAAGGGAGAUGACGACUUGAAGGGCGGUGCAGACCCAUUCUCGGAUUUUGAACACAGGAAGGGUAGUGGUGAGGGGAGCCGGGAUCGUGUAUGAUUAAUAUCCCGUUUGUGGUACUUGACAAAGUUCAAGGGGAUGAAUAUGGAAUCCCAUACUUCAAAGGCCAUUACAUCGCGUUUGGUCGGUAAUGUUGAUACUGGCCGGCGUUUUGAUUCCGAACAACAUUACUCGUACCUGAAUUCGAAUGGCUAUGUAUUCCUGUUCUAUCUUCUCUCAUUAUGACCAUCCCUUUGGUUACUCGUUUAUCUACUUAGAAUCCCUGUGUACUAUGGAACACCUGUUUCUUUAACUCAUUUAUCAAAUGAUAUCACUGGGCAUUUCCUUGUUUUCUACUCUUCUCUUGCUCGCCGACCACUGCAUCAGUGAUUUUCCGUUCUCAUGAUACUCGUAUCCUAUGUUGUUCUCACACUUUGUAAUUAAACUCGC